AGCCGUCUCGAUCGAGCAUUUGCUUAGAGAGCGGCUCACAUCAUUCACCUGACCCAACUCCCCGUUUUUCUUCCCAUGGUUGUUCUUGCUCGUCUCCGGUGGAUUCAGCGCCAGGUGGCCACUCGGCGUGUCCACAUUUCCAUCGGCGAGGCCAAGGACCCCGUCAAGAUGAAGUACAAGAUAGUGCUGUCUCCGGAGCGUGCGCCUCCUGGUCCUGCACACUCGCUGGUGGUUAGCUCGGUCAUCGAGGACCUCAUCAGCUCCCUCGGCACUCUGUCUGCCACAGAUCGUGGCCAUGCACAUAGCGACGGUACCUCAGUUGUGCAGAUUUGGCUGGACAAACCACAGCUUCGUCGCGAUGAUCCUGUUCUCCCUCCGCGUGCCGAAGAAGACGAUGGGGCAAAGGCCCCAGCACCUCGUGCUGCGCCCGCUGCGCUGCCGAAGGACGAGCAGCCGGAGGAGGAG